CGACGACGACGACGACGGCGGUGGAGAUGAUGGUGUGAGUGUGACGAAAAGAAAAAACACGUUUUGCGAAAGAACGUCUCGUCCCGCGUCGAGAGUUCCGGCUGAAGAUAUCCGUCAUCAUCGGGUGUCGUCGUCUUGCGGUGUUACGUUCCGCGUGCCGUACGGCGCGAAUAUCGCGCCGCGCGAAAAUUCGUGCGUUCAACGAGGGGUGGUGAGAAAAGAGACGAGAAGGAGAGAGAGAGAGAGAGAGAGAGAGAGAGAGAGAGAGAGAGAGAGAGGAAAAAAGGGAGGCUGGAAUACAGAAACGCGCGCGAGUGCGAUAGAGGAAGAGAGAAGAAGAGAGAAGAAGAGAGAGAAGGCGCGUUGUCGUCGUGCGCUGCUUCACGGCGUUGCCCGAGUAGCCAGACGAGCGGAGGACGUCAGCUGUGUGGUGCGCCGAGGGGACGGCAAGUCGUGCGCGCGGGUUGGAGCGAGACGGUGCGGCGCGAGCGAGCGAGACAGUGAGAAGCCGCACACGGCGAAAUGGGAGACGAAGAAAUGGCGCUGGUGCCAGAUGUCCAGUAUGGUUUGUCGUCGCACGGCAAUUUCGACGAGCGCAAAUCCCUGAUAUUUGUCAAGCUCACCGACUCGUCGCAACGUGCCAUCAAGGAGUACCUCAAGAUUAAGCAUAAGAUUGGCGAAAAACCUAAUAUACAGUUCCUAGGAAAUGAUGGGCAUCUCAGCAUUCCAUCCAUCAACGGAGUGGCCAGAUUCACCUUUAACAUCUCUAGCAGCCAGGACAUGGAGGGUUCCCAGGGUGGUUUCGAGCUUGCUCAACAGACCGGCCCUAAAAGCCUCGAGAGCCUCGGCGCUAUACCGUACAAGAUGCGGAUACAGGCAAACGAUGACGUUUACGAGACCACCAGGCACAGAAUGGCGGUCGUCGAGGAGAAUAACAAGAACAAAUGCACGAGGGUGAUCAAGGCGAAUGGUCCAGAUAUCGGACGCAAGGUGAAAGUGAAAGGAACCGGAAGAACAAUACCUCCUCCGUCAUCGUAUGCAAGGCAUCGGGAAUCUACGAUGAGCAUUCCAACUUCCGGCAAUAGUCAGCCCAAAGCCUCAAUCAACAAGCCGAUCGCUAAUAGUAGUAGUAAUAGUAAUAGUGGUAACCAUCUAUCGGCGGCUCACAAUCAGGAGAAAAAACCAGUUUCUGACAUUAUGCGCAGGCCACUUAAGGAAAGACUUAUCCAUGUCCUUGCUUUGAGGCCCUACAAAAAGCCCGAGCUUUACGAACGCAUAAAAAAAGAGGGUUUGAGAGAACGAGAGCGACCCGUCAUGCAAACGCUUCUGAAGCAAGUAGCUUACAUGCGUGACAACACGUAUCACCUAUAUAGGCACAUCUGGAACGAUGUGCAGGAGGAUUGGCCUUUCUACACCGAGCAGGAAAGGACAAUGUUGAGGAGACGGAAACCUCAAAACCUUACUCCACCCGGCUCGAGUGACGGCGGUUCCAGCGGCAGUGGUCAGUCACCCAAUUCCAUUCAUGCGGGCUCACCGCCGGCGAUCACGGCACCUCCGCCCAAUUUGGUUAGUAACAAGAGACCAGGAUACUAUCAGGGUAACGACGGAUUACCAACGAAGAAGCCGCGGAUAUCGCACUAUAAGAGACCCGAGCCUAUCUCCUUCAUCCCCGCUGGCGAAAGGCUAUCAGGCAGCAACAGUUAUAGUAAUAAUAACAGUGGUGUUAGUGCAACCGCUGGUGGUGACCGUAUCGUCGAUCGUACCACCGGCGUUAAUAGUGGUUGUGGUAACAGCAAUAGUGGUGAUGGUAGUAGUAAUAGUAACAACGGCGGUAGCGGUUUCGACGGUUGGGAAUCGAGGCAGCAAUUGCAGCGUGAACGCAGCAGCAGCAACCGCGUCGAUUACCGGGCCGAAAGGACAGCAAACAGUGACGUACUGCGGGGUACUGGAAACGUCUAUAGUGAAGUCUCCGCUAUCACCGCAGUUCCAAACGACUCCAAUCGAUCAUUGUGCUUGACACCGUUGUCGCCUGAUGAUAGUGAAAGGGGCAACCACCAUCCGAAUGGGGAUAGACACGACGGCGGUGUCAUUAUAGCCAAUGAAAUUGCGAGCAACGUGAUUGACCACAUCGACAGGAGAGACAGGAGCGAUAGGAGUCGAGGCGCGAGAGAAGAGAGAAAUAGAGAGAGGGAAUUCAGGAAUAGGAAUAGUACCACCAGCUAUGCAGGUAUCUACGGUGAAACCUCUAGCGCUCCUACUUAUACCGAUAAUACCACUGCGAUGGUCUCGCUGCCGACUGAUGGAUUCGAAAGGCUGGGAAGUACCGGGCAAUAUGUCGACUACCGCACGGAAUAUACAACAAUAAGCAACCCGGAACAGAAAAGGCGUUACAAAGAAGAGUUCAACGCGAACUAUGAUGAAUAUCGUAGGUUGCACUCUCAAGUACUCGUAACCGCAAAUCGCUUCACGCAUUUGUAUACACUAUUGCAAGAUCAAAAGAAAUCGGGCAACAUGAUCGAGAGUGAGGAAACUAAAGAACAGAUAUAUCGCGAGUACAAAGAAACUAAACAGAAUCCAGUAUACCAACAGAUGAAGGAACGAUUUGAUUAUCUGCACAAUAAGCUGAGCCAUAUAAAACGACUGAUCUUAGAGUACGACAGUGAAAACGCCGCCGGCAGAAUGUCGAUUUCGAAUACCAUUGAUAACGGUAUAAUUAGUAACUCCAUGAACAACGGCAGCAACAACAUCGGGGGUAUCGAUCAUCGGCAUUACUGACAUAAACUGAAAAGACCGCCUC